AUGUUUAAUAGGCAAGCACUAAGUAAUGCAUUUAAUGCAUCUCGUAUUUUAGCUAGUAGAGCAGCUGCUACAGACUUGGGAAAAACUGCUGUAGAUGCAGCAAACUGUGAUUCUUUUUAUCAUCCGCAUAACUCCUAUUUAGAAAUUGAAGGAAGGCUUGUAAAAGCAGAUGGGACUGCAUAUGCAGAUGGAGAUGCAAUAACACUAGCAAACAAUGGUAUUAUGCUUUUAUUUGAAAGAAUUGAAUAUAGAUUCUUUGAUCAACCUGUUGAAACAAUUAAUUUUCCAGGUAUAGCAACUACAAUGCUUGGAUUAUUAAAAUAUCCGAAUGACUUUCAACAAUCAAAAGCAUUAAGUCAAUUGUGGUAUAAAGAUAAUAUAACAGCACAUGAACUCUUUCUGUUAAGACAAAGCGAUGAUACUGCAAUUUUUAGAGCUGCUGGUGUAGCUGCAGGAAAAGUAGAUAUUACAAGAAUAUCAUUAAUGAUGAAACGUGCAACUUCAUCUAUGAUAAAAGAAAAUGAACUUGGUAAAAUAAUUACAUUAAAAGAAAUACUUGAUUUUGGUUUUAGAUCAAGGUACUUAAAUAAAACUAAUGUUGCACAAAAUACUUCAUUUGACUGGAACUUAGGAACAAAAACUACUGAAAAACCUAGAUAUAUACUUGUUGAAUUUAAUACACCUGUUCCAGCAGGUACUGUAAUAUUUGCUCUCAUCAUUUCAGAUAGAAUAGGAAAACUUACUUCUAAUGGAAAUAGAUUUAUGUUUGAAUAUUAG